AUGCUUCCGCCGGAGGGCACUGUUUACAAAUUCUACAGACUGGCAGAAGGCGAUGUCAUACAGUUUGAGCAGAGGCAACAACAGGAGCCUGACGGAGACGUCUAUUACUUGGGAUCAUUAUUUCAAGGUUGGCUCGUUUAUAUACAGCAAAACGACUGUCAAGUUAUUCUAUUUAACCCAAUCUCUCGCAGAAAAAUCAAGCUUCCAUCUGUUGAAACUCUUCCUGAAGUUAAUGGCGUCAUUCGAAACACGCAAACUGGUUUGAUUGAAACCUUUCUUAACUACCAAUCCCAACCCCGUACUCCACAACAGUUAUCUAAAUACAUCAUCAGAAAAAUAGUUCUUUCCUCCUCUCUUAUGAACGAUGACUGUGUAGCCAUGGUCACUUACGGCCACUCUGAUCUACUCGCCUUCUGCAGGAGGCCCGGAAGAGAGGAUAGUACCAAUUGCUGGAUUCCCUUAGAUGGACCCUUACGACAAUACACACAAAUUGUUUACCACAGUAAAAAAAAACUAUUUUUCGCUCUCACCCAUUUUAGGGAUCUUGAAGCUUGGGAUCUCAAUACGGAUCCAAUCAACAGGUUUCACAUUCACAAUGAACAUUUUGGAACCUCCUCUAAUGAAUGGCCUGUUGUUUGUAAUGAAUGGCCUAUUUCUUUCGUGGAUGAUGAUGAACUUGAGCGCAAGUCAUCCUAUUGUUGGGAUUCUGAUUACUUGGUAUACGACCAUCAAAGCCACGAGCUUUUUAUUGUUAUACGAUACAUAGCCCCUGCCAUUGAUCAAGAUGGAACUCUUAUAUUACCUGAGGACAAUUCGGAUGAUCAGUUUCCUUACCAGACUCUAACUUUUGAUGUUUUCAAGCUUGAUUUCAUAAACCAUGAUCACGUGGAGCUUCAAUACAACAGUAGCCUUGGCAAUCGUGCAUUCUUCAUUGGCUCCAAUACCGGUUUUGCUCUCUCAACCACCCAAUUUCCUGAAUUGAAGCCCAAUUCUAUUUACUUUACAGAUGAUCUGACCUGGGCUUACAGACACAGGGAGAAGCUCAAGUGUGGAGGUCAUGAUUUGGGCAUUUAUGAUUAUAAAGAAGGAAGCUUUUCAUCGUGUUACUAUCCCAUUGAUCUCGACAAGAUACAGAGGAUUCUACCAGCUCCUAUUUGGUUCACCCCUGACCCUGAUGUUGAUGUUGAUGCCGAAUGUUUAGCCUAG